GUAACUCUCAAGCAGCCAUGCAUUUGUGUAGCUUUGUGGGCUCUUUGCUCCUCCUCCUUUUCAUCAGCAGGAUCAUGGAUGGCUCUGUCGCCAGCACGGAGGAGAUUUUGCCUCCCACCAUUCAGAAACUGAUGAAGGGAUACAACAAAUACCUUAGGCCAUUCUUUGACAAUGGCCCUGUUACUGUAGGCAUGAGUCUGGAUAUCGCCAGCAUAGACACCAUAUCAGAAAUCAACAUGGAUUACACAGCCACCAUCUUUCUUCGUCAGCGCUGGACAGAUGAACGCUUGUGUUUUGAUGGCAAUAAGAGCUUGAGUCUGGAUGGGAGACUUGUGGAACUCCUUUGGGUCCCUGACACAUUCAUUGUGGAUUCCAAGAAAUCCUUCCUGCAUGACAUCACUGUCGAAAACAGACUGAUCCGGAUAUUUCCCAACGGAACUGUGCUGUAUGCCCUGAGAAUUACCACCACAGUGGCCUGCAGUAUGGAUCUAACCAAAUAUCCCAUGGACAGGCAGACGUGCAUGCUUCAACUUGAAAGCUGGGGAUAUAACGUGAAAGAUGUUGUUUUCUAUUGGACACGGGGAAACCAAUCAGUUAGCGGUCUUGAUCAUUUACAUCUGGCUCAGUACACCCUCGAGGACCACUACACCUCUGAAUCUGAAGCCGUUUACGAGACUGGUAACUACCCAAAGUUGAUCUUCCACUUCAAACUCAAGCGGAGCAUCUUAUAUUUCAUUCUGGAGACGUAUGUUCCUUCCAGUGCUCUGGUGGUCCUGUCCUGGGUCUCAUUUUGGAUCAGUCAGUCUUCUGUACCUGCUCGCAUCUGCAUAGGAGUGACCACAGUCUUGACUAUGACCACCUUGAUGAUGGGGGCCCGUACCUCUCUACCCAAUGCCAACUGCUUCAUUAAAGCCAUCGAUGUGUAUCUGGGCAUCUGCUUCAGCUUCAUCUUUGGCGCACUGAUUGAAUAUGCAGUUGCCCAUUUCUGCACGUUACACCAGCCGAAUGCUGCCAAUGCAUAUAUGUAUGGCCAGGAAAUGCAGGAGCGCGAGGACGAGAUGAACGGCAUCGUCAAUUCCAUCGGCAGCCGCGCUUUGCGGGCCCGUAAACGGGAGGAGAUGCUGUCCCGGAUGGGCAGCACCAGCAACCCCACCCCCAGUGAGAGUAAGGAAGAGAUCAACUCGCAGCCACAGAACCGCUGCACCAAGUGCAUGUCGACGACACGCCGCAUCAUACGCUGUCUGAACUGCUGCAAAGUGGAGAACCCGCACUACAUCGACAACUACUCGCGGCUGUCCUUCCCCCUCUCCUUCAUCUUCAUCAACCUCCUCUACUGGACCUACUACUUGUACUUCUAAAGCCCCUGCUGUUGGCGUGUGUUGAGGGGUUUGCAGUGAUUUAAGUGUGCGUCCUUUU